GCAGUGACAAAAUACCUGUUCUGUAAAUUUUCCAUCAUUCCUAUGGUGUUGACAUUGACAAGUUAAUAUUGACAUUUUAAAGUUGUUUUAUUUUGUGUAUUUAAGUGUUGUUAGUUGUUAGUGUUAGUAAUGAUUGAUUAGUGCUGGAAUCUAAAUAUAUAAGGAGGUUUCCUUAUAGGAUACGAAAAUGAAUGCUCCAAAAGUUGUUUAAAAAUAGAUCUUCGAAUAUAAGGGACACGAAAUUGGAAAUGUCUAGGAUCACUUCCUUGUUCUUGAGUGAUUUUCUGAAGUCUGUUUUCACUUAAGGAUGUUCGUAAAACAUUACUUUAUAUGGACGAUCAUAACAGCGAUAAAAUAACAUUUCAUGAGUUAUGGAAUCACCUCCAUCAAGCUCAACUUGGUCAGAAGCUUUUAUUCUCAGUGAUGACAGUGGUCUUCUUCUGACAAAUGGAUCAGCUUCUAGCGGUAGUGCAAAUGGAGAUGGUCGACACGAAAGAAGAUAUUUUCCAUUUGAAGAUAGCGAUUGCGAAGAGAGGUCUUUGUCCCAGGAUGACUCUUUGGAUGGAAUGUCAGACAUCAUGUGUGGAGAGAAUUUCAACACUCUUAAGAAAGGCCCCCAUUGGACUGAUAUUUCAACCAAAAACUUUUCCCCAAUAGCACCUCCACUGGAGUUUCAAGACAAACCGAGAAUCUCAAUGCUGGAUUUUUUUUGUGAAAAAUUUGCUGCCCAAAUAAUAAGAAAAGCUAUUUACGAAUACAAAGAUGGCGAACUUAAAAAGCUGAGAAUAUUGAGCCAAUUACAAAGACCACUCCAGAUAUUGGGCAGAUCUUAUUUUACAUCAGAAUUUGUGUCUUUCAGCCCAUGCCACAUUGGCAGACCUAACUCCAGAAGUUCCCUGGGGUCUUCCCGUCUGACCAGUUCCCACAAUUCUCUGUCUGUCCCAACGGCUCAAAAAGUGGAUGAUUCAACGUUUAUCACUCAAGCUGUUUCUCAUGAUACCUUGUCUUCGAACCAGAUCAGUGAUUUGUAUAAUGUACCUUUUGACAGUGAUAUGUAUGCUGUUCCUCUUGAUGUGGUCAAACCACCUCUAAAACCCAAACGGACCCAACCCAAGAAGAAAAGACGAAACACUGCCUCGGGGUGCAGGGAGCUUGAAGUUAGGCACUAUCGGAUGAUUUCCACUAAGAAAAGCACAAUUAAAUCGGAAAAGACACAAGCCUUGAAAUCUGACACAAAAAGACACAGCCUAGCUGGUACUUCGGCCUCUAUACAGGUUGAGCCGAUUCACAUGACCCUUCAGGAAGUGCGACAAUACUUGCAGACAUUAUAUUCAAGCUCUUCAGACUCUUCAGAAGUACAAGACAAAAUAUACAAGCCCAAAGCCACCAUCUUAGUUACAAAUAAUAAUAAAUAUCCUACAAAUACUAGUCUGCUGAUAAACAGAGAUUGCACUGUUUCGAACACCAAUGUUAGAUCGAAGAAGAGUACUUUUUUGAUCAAUAUCAAGAAUAAAAAAGUGAAAGAUUCCUGUGAUAAUAUCGGAAAGCAAAUCAACACGUCUCCGACGAAAAAAGACGAUAAGAGGAGGAAACCUGCAAAAAUAUUCUCCUUCAAGCAAACCUUGUGCAACAUGUUUCGAUUCAAAAGGUUCCUCUCGCCGGAACACAUGAAGGUCGGUGGGACUGAGAAAAAUUAUGGUGGUAACAGCAAUAUUGUAGGCGAUGUACAUAGUAAUAUUAGUAGCAGAGCUUUGCCGCCUUUGCCGAUGAAGGAAGUUAUUGGAGAAGUGAUUGACGAGGAGCAGACUUUAGAUUUUGCAACAAGCAUCCAAAGGGUUAAAGAUUAUGGAUGGUACUGGGGUCCAAUUUCAAGCGAGGCAGCUGAAAAAAUAUUAUCCAAUGAGCCAGAUGGAUCGUUCAUAGUGAGGGACAGCAGUGAUGACCAUUACAUAUUUUCAUUAACAUUUAAACUUAAUAACUGUGUAAGACAUGUUAGGAUAGAUCAUGAUCAGGGUAAUUUUAGUUUUGGCAGCUGUACCAAAUUCAAAUCUCAAACUAUCGUGGAGUUCAUCGAGAAUGCUGUAGAGCAUUCGCGUAGUGGUAGAUAUUUAUUUUUCCUUCAUCGGAGGCCUGUGAUUGGACCAGUUCGAGUACAACUCCUCCACCCUGUAUCUAGGUUCAAGCAGGUUCAGAGUCUACAGCAUAUGUGCAGAUUUGUUAUUCACAAAAACGUCAGGCGCGACCUAAUUCCGAGCCUUCCCUUGCCGAGAAGGAUGAUAGACUACUUGAACACUCCUUAUUAUUAUUCCGAGCAUUUCAUCGAUAUUUCAGAAGGCGAACAAAAUAAUAAUAGUAGUAAUGACAGUAGAAGUUCUACCUUAUCAGUCCCCAGAACCGACAGUGAUCAACAGAACGUCCAGUUGGUUGUAGAUCCCAGUGUACCUGUUAACAAUUAUAUCAUGAUCAACGAUACGAAUUCAUCCGACACCAGACAAUCUUAGGUUGUUACUUCUCCAGGUGAAGUUGGCAAUACUUUGAAUUUUGAUAGACAUUACAUAUAUUAUGUAGAUAAGUAUUUAUUUUGUAUUUAUUAGUCAACCCAACAGAAUAUGCGCUAUAGGGUUUUCCCUAAAAAUUAUUAAGUUGCUUAGCUUCUACUAAGGUACUGAAAAGGUUGUGGAAAUUGUGAACUGACUCUAUUUGUGAGUUAGAUGGUUCUAACAUUCUUGCCACUUUUUUCAAGUAGCUUAAAUCUAUUACAUACUUGCUAAACCAUUAGAAAACUAAAGAAUUCUUAUAUGAAGAGGGAGCUGUAUACAAUUCUAUCGUAUCCGGCUCGAAGGGGCAAAGCAUUCUUUCUGCAUGUUAAUCUAUAUUUAACAUCAUCAAUCAUUUGACAUUCAUCUGGUGUGUUGAAAAUUGUGAUUUUGUUGGUGAAAGAUGGUUUAGUAUUCUAUGUCACAAUACAGCUUUCUUGGUACUUUGGAGUUCCUACGUUAUGAAUUAAUUUUCAUUUAUUUUCUUAUGUAUUUAUUUUCAAGACGUGCAAUUAUUUUUCAGACCAAAGCUCAAAAUGUGAUUUUAUUGUUUGUUUGCUUCUUGUCAGAAUUAGUUUUAAUUUAUUCUGAAGGCUUCAUAUGUAAUAGUUCAUAGUGUGAUAAAUAGGAAUAAAUGAUGAGUGUAUAAGAUUGAGGCUAAACUGUUUUGAAAAAAUAACAUAUUUAAUAAUUUAUUUGUUUUUCAGAGAAAUUCAAUAAUAAAUUGAA